AUGGCGGCGCGGCGCAUGAGCGAGAAGCGUCGCAAGUUCGCGAACACGGAGCACUCGGACCCGGACUCGUACUCGUGGUACGUGAUGCGCGUGGCCGUGCUGCGGCUCGCGCAGAUCAAGCUGCAGCACUUCUUGCAGCUGUGCGGCAUUGAGAUGUCGGAACUGGCCACUACAAGCCCUACAGUGCACGGUGCAUUGCGUCGCGUAGACCAGUGGCAGCAGCAGCUAAGCGAAGUAUUGGAGUCACGUGCACCGCCGCCCGAUUACAUCCCAGGUUGCUUCCCCGAGCAGCAGACCUCGGGCCCGCCCAUCAACAAGUACAGAUGUCUCUUGGAAAAGCACAAUACGCCAUUUAACGCGAGUCUCUACAGCGCGGCGCCUGCAGGCCGUCUUUGGAGUUUCUUAGUCCGCCAAGAGCCGGUUCAGUACGUCGUUUCUGUACAAGACUAG